CGACCUCUCUCCGAACUCUCCUGUUUCCAGACUCGACAAACCUCGACACGCUUCGACGCGAGGCUGCGGUGCAGAGCGCGUCGCCGGCGUCACAGACACACGGGGUUUUAUUGAAGCUCCGCGUCGUUUUUAAUUCAAUCCGCAAGUCGUGAGCGGAUUAAGAGGCGCUGAUGUUGUUCGUUGUAAUUCCUCACUGUUUCUUUAUCUCGCCUUUGCUUUCUAUCGACAACAGUUUUCGAGGGUUAUUUUGAGAGUUUUUGAGAAGUAAUCUCGACUUUUUUUUAAGUAUGUGUCUGGUUUCUUAAAUAUUAUUUCUAUGAUAUACUUUUUUUAUUUCCCAAACGGGUUUAAUUAUUAAUAAGAGUUACACGUUGACUGUCACGUGUGUUUAUAUAUAUAUAAUCUUUUUUUAUAUUUUAUUUUAUUUUUACAAACUUUCAAAUUUCUCCAAAACGUGGGUUUCAUUAUACCGUGAUCUCUAUAUCUUCAAAUAUGAGCGAUUUGACUUCGGGGAUGCAGGGGGGCUUCGGCGACCCCCCCUCGGACUCUGAGAAGGAGGACGAGCUCUGGGAGAAGGUGGACAGCGUCCGGCACAAACUGACCCGGAUCCUGAAUCCGGCCAAGCUGACCCCUUACCUGAGACAGUGCAAAGCGAUCGACGAGCAGGAUGAGGAGGAGGUGCUGAACUCCCUGCAGCUGCCUCUCCGAAUCAACAGGGCUGGUCGCCUCGUUGAUAUUCUUCGUCAGAAAGGACGUCGGGGUUAUGACGCCUUCAUGGAGUCCCUGGAAUUCUAUCACCCCGAUUUCUACACCAACCUGACUGGGAGAGAACCCACCCAGCGCUGCUCCAUCAUACUGGAUGAGGAGGGUCCUGAGGGCCUCACUCAGUUUCUGCUGGUGGAAGUGAAGAAGCUGAGGGAGCAGCUGAAGGAGAGCCGGCUGGCUGAGCGGAGGCUGUCUCAACGCUGCCGUGCGGUGGACGAGGAGAGGCGGUGCGGCGAGGAGAGGCUCCGGCUGCUCCGGGAGGAGAGGUCCCGGCUGGACAGGCUGACCGCAGACUGGGAGUCCAGCGCCCUGGAGCUGAGCCGGGCCAAGGAGCACAACUACACACUGGCGCUGAAAUACAGCCAGGCCCUGGAGGAGAAGGGGGAGGCCAUGAGCAGAGCCAGGGAGCUGCAGUUACAGGUGGACCUGCUCAAGAACAAGCUUCUCUCAUUGGAGGAGGAGGUGAGCCCCGCCCCCCCUCUGAGGCUGGACUCUGAUAGGCUGAGCCGGAGUGACAGCGUCACCCAGCUGCUGGAGGAGAACAGACACCUGAAAGACAAACUGACUGAGCUGCAGAGCGCGAUACAGAGGGGCACCGGAAAUCCGAUCCUGCUGGAGAUUCUGCACCAGGACCAUAGAGAGGCUCUGGAGCACAGGAACGACCUCUGCAAUACCAUCAACAGACUGCAGGGGGAGCUGAUGGCAGUCGAGAGCCACCGGGACAAGCUCCUCACUCACUCUGAGAAACUCGAAGCUCAGAUCCAGGCUCUGCAGAGAGACUGUGCGAUUGAGAGGAAGAGAAACAUCUCCUACCAGACUCAACUGCAGGAGAUACAGAGAGAGACAUACCAGGCCCUGCGCAGUCGGGACACGUUGCAGCUGCAGUACACAGAGUGCAUGCUGGGUAAGAACGACCUUCGGAAAGUCAUCGAGGAGCUCCGGGACGCCAACGGUGAACUGGAGAGAAAACUGCUGAGAGCAGAGAGUGCAGCGAAACGGAGCUGUCUGGACUGUAGUCCGCUGUCUCUCCUGUGUGACGGCCCCUGCAGUGAGCUGUGCUGCUCUCUCUAUGAGGAGAGGCUGUCAGUACCGGAGGAGACCAGAUGGGGGAGCAGCAAGGCUCUUCCAAAACUCCAAUACUCGGACGGAUCCUGUGCAAAUUCAGAGGAGUUUCUGUCUGUAACAGAAACUGAGGACAGCGAGAAAGACAUCAACCGAUUAUCAAUAUUCCCGUUUCCUCCUUGCGCCGGAUCAAUUCUGCGCAGAAACCAGGAACACGACCUGCUGUUAUCCGAGGCAAGGUUCGAAUUUGAUUCUUGGGGAAGUGACGAUAAUCUAACAGGGCCUGGUCACACGGACUCGCCUCUCUCCAUGUCCUGGAGCUCUUUCGGGUCGCAGAUCUUCCCUUCGGAUUUGAUUACGAUCCCGAAGGCUCCUUGCACCCCAAAUCUGAGCACCCCGAAUCUCAGCACCCCAACCGUGAGCACCCCAGACCUCUUCCGAUGUCCUGUUGCUCCGCCCACAACGGAUCCAGGCCCCGCCCCCCUGUUGCAGAAAGGGAGUCUGGCCGCUGACAUCACCAUCGUCGGGGGCAACCGCACAGGGGUGUUUGUGAGCGGGGUGAAGGAGGGUUCGAGAGCGGAGCAGUGCGGCCUGAAAGAAGGGUGUCAGCUGCUGGAGCUGUUGAUGGGUGGAGAGAGUUUGAAGUUGGAUUCUUGCACUAAAGAAGUCGCUCACUUCAGCCUGCAGGGGUGGACGGAGCCCUCCGCCCUGAAAUUCAAACACAACAAUGAAGGUUACAGGGAGCUGUGUCAGGACCUGCAGAGCAGAGGCAAUGCGGACUCCUUCUAUGUGAGGGUCAAUCUGGACAUUAGGGGGCGCUCCGACUGCCACUCCAUGGAGGUGCGCUGCGAUGACAUCAUUCACGUGGUGGACACGGUCUACCAGGGCCGGUACCAGUGGUUCUGUAGCAGAGUGGACCCGACCUCAAAGAGCAGUCUGGAUAGCGGUACUGUACCAAACUAUACCAGAGCUCAGCAGCUGUUUUUGGUCCGGCUUCGUACGUUAGCUCUGGAGAGAAAAGAUUUGAAAAACAAGCUGGUGAAGAAGUCUACUGAGCGCGUGCGGCUGGUGAAGGCGGUCCCUCCCAGCUGUCGCAGUUUAGGCUCCUCCCCUCGCCUGGUCUACACCCUCAGUCCCCGUCAUGAGGACAGUCUGUCCCCUUACAGCCUGGUCCAGCCCGUCCCGGUCCAGUCCAAGCGGCCGGUCAUCUUCUCUCCCUACCUGCUGUCCCGAGGGCUGAUCGAGAGGCUGCUACAGCCCGCCAGCUCGGGACUCGAGUUCAACACCUGUCACCCAGAGCCGCUCUCUGAAGCCGAUCAGAGGGACUCCAGAGUCUUCCCGUUGGGAGCGUCGGAUCAGGGAAUCAGACUGGAGUCCAUUCAGGAAGUCAUGAGCCAGGGGCAGCACUGUCUGCUGGAGCUCAGCAUCCGCUGUGUGGAGCCUCUGAUCCGAAACCACAUCUACCCCCUCGUGAUCCACAUCCCUCCCAGAGAGAGGAGCAUUAGGAGACUCAGGAAGCUGCUGCGCGGGCCCCACUGCCCAGACGAGGAGGCUGGGAUCCUGUCGCUGUGCCGGGCCGAAGAGCAGCUGCUGGAGAGCCUGCCCCUGCGCUACUCCAGCCUGGGGACUGAGGCCUGGUCCAGCGCGGAUGAGCUGACCAGAGCCGUGAGGGAGCGCAUACUGAGAGACCAGAGAGACAGCGUGGUGUGGGUGGAGAGCGAGGAGAGGAGAGGAGGGGACUGA